AUGGAGUCUGAAGAUGGCAAACGAAAAUGGUUCGGGCGCAAGUUGAAGGGCAUUGAGGGUCGCUUUAGGAGGAGAGAAAAAUAUCAGCCUUCUCAGAUACAGCUUCAAAUAAACACCCCUGAACCUCGCUCAAACACACCGUCUCCUGGACCCGUUCGCAACGUGAAUGACGGAUUGACCGAUAUAUUACACCCACCAUGCGAUCAAGAACCACUUAGACACGAAUCAUCCACGGAGCCCCGUGCCACAACGAUCAAGGUGGGAAACGAUAAUCAUGGACCCUCCUAUGCCUCAAAUUUUGAUCCCGCGUCAUAUAUAGGGGAAGCAGCGGCCAGAACAGAAGCGAUGGCCAACAAUAGGAGUGCAGAUGAUUAUGAAGAGCUUCUAGGGCCUAACAAGCUUUGGAAAGCGGCAUACGAGAAGCUUAAGAAGGAUAACCCGAAAAAUUUGGAUGCUCUAAGAAAAGUGUUACUUAAGAAUGGUGACUUAGGACAAAACGGUGGCGGCGAGUCACAUUCCGGUGAUAAGGACUGGCAAGAGCAAAUCAAGAAGCUCGCCCUAAAAAGCGUGGAGACAACUAAAGAGAAGAGAUUCAGUUUUAAGGCAGGCGAGAAAAACAUUAUUGUUCGCGAUCAAGUUCAAACGGCAAUGGUAUUCACCGUCUCCACUAAGGAUCUCGUGGGAGCCGUGAUUUCAUCAGACCCUCAUGCCGCACUAGCAUGGGCUGGUGUGAUAUUCAUCUUCCCGCUAUUGAAUACUAUGCUUCAGCAGGAUAAAGAUGCCACAGAUGGGAUCGAAUAUAUUUUCGAUCUUCUCAUUCGCUGCAAGGAGAGGGAAGAUAAUUUCCUGCAGCCUACCCCUAGACACUUAGAUCCCCCAGGUAUUUAUUUCGACCUUGCGCUUUCCCUCCAAUCGAAGACCAUAGAACUUUAUUCAAACGUGUACGAAUACCAGAUUCGAAUUAUCCGGCACUAUUCCCAUUCUACUCUCAUUCGGUAUGGAAGAGAUUUUAUAGUGAGCGACGACUGGAAAGGAAAGAUUGGAAACGUUAGGGCCAUAGAGACUGAAAUCAUCAAACUUUCACUAAGCCUAUCCAAUUAUUUUGUCAAGGAUAUACACAAGAGCCUUGGAGAGGCCAGGAUUGGCCUACAGAAUUUGACGGAAGCUGAAAAAGAUUCGCGCCUCCAUGAUCUCGGCCCUGACGAGCUCGCAGCGAUCACUCAUCAGAAAACGGACGACGAGCCUCGUUGCACAAAAGGUACACAAUUGAAUAUUUUGAACGACUUACAAAACUGGAUACAGAAUCCUGCCCAAGAAUCGAUUUUCUGGCUUUAUGGUAUGGCCGGCACGGGCAAGUCUACCAUCGCUCGAACAGUUGCUAAAGCCUUGAGUGAGAGAAUUUCCUUAGUGGGCGAUACUCAACUGCCCAGUAAUAUUUUUCUCGGUGCUACUUUUUUCUUUAAACAAGGCGAACAUAAGAGAAAUCAUGCUGGGGUAUUGUUUCCAACUUGGGCAUACCAAUUAGCCCACGGGCCACUCGGGCUCAAGAUUGAAAUACUCAACAGUACUAACCAACGCGGCGGCACUCAUAUAAGAGAUCGGCCCUUAGAUGACCAGUGCGACGAGUUAAUCCUCAAACCUCUCCGGGCCCAGAAGCGGCGGUCUUCCCCCAUACGGGUCAUCUUCAUCAUUGAUGCUCUAGAUGAGUGUCUUGAUAUCACUACAAGAAACGCCAAGCGCAUUGGCCAAUCAUUGCAGCAGAUUGGAAGGUUGUCUGAAGUUCAAGCGGAGAUUCUAGUAACUAGUAGGGACGAGAGACCUAUCAAUAUACCCUUCAAGAGCCUAGCAAUAAGGAAAGCGGAGCUUCAGAUGAUUCCGCUUACUAGACACAAUAGGAUGAAAGAUGAUAUAAGUAUAUUCUUUAAAGACGAACUACACAAGCGGCUGGUUGAGAAACCUAGUGGGCUAUUCAUAUACGCAUCGACCACUCUCCGUUUCCUUAAUCUCGAUCUAGGCCGCAGCACAGCAGUGAGACAGGUGAGAAAGCUUCUACAGAAUGAAAUUGCCGAGGGCGGAUCCCCGGAAGCCCGCCUUGAGGAGAUCUAUAACGCCGUCUUAAACUCUCAUACCAAACAUAUGGGACGUGACGAGAAACAAAAUCAUCCCUUGAAGAAGAUCCUGGGGUUACUCACAAUAUUGUUUGAGCCUUUACCAAUCUGUUCGCUAGCAAUAUUCACAAAACCACAACACCCAGCAGACAAGAUUGAAGAAGUACCAGCCAAAGAAGUAGAGGAAUACCUUGGGUAUCUACGGUCCGUCGUCAACGUUCCAGAUGACCCGAAAUCCCCGGUCCGCCUCAUACACCUCUCAUUCCGCGAAUUUCUCUUGGACGAAAAGAGAUCCAGGGAGACGGGUUUUCUAGUUGAGCCAUCCACAGUACAUUGGCAGGUGUACAAAAAUUGUCUUGACAUUAUGUCACAUGGCCUCAGUCAAGACAUAUGUAAUCUUGAAGGGCCAGGCACAUUUUCUAUCGAUGUUCCGCCAAAUUUGGUGCGGCGGUGUAUUCCGUCACAUCUGCAAUACGCUUGUAGGCACUGGGUGGAUCAUCUCAAAGAAAUCCGAGGGGACGGACAAAUCCAAAGCGAAUUGGCUGAGAACGGAAGUAUCCACAUGUUCUUACAAGAAAAGCUUUUGAAUUGGCUCGAAGCACUCAGUCUAAUCGGAGAGAUUGGAAGUGCUGUUCUCAUGGCCCGGAACUUGGAGGCUUUAAUUGAUGCACAAGAAAGUGAAACAGAAUUAUCCAGGUUAAUUCAUGAUAUGAUUCGAUUUAUCAGUUUUCAUCGGCAUGUCAUUCAAGAAGCUCCCCUUCAGGUAUACUAUUCCGCAAUUUUAUUUAGUCCUACGACAAGUAUUAUACGAUCUUUAUUUUGGAAGCCACUUGCCGAAUGGAUUCUGAAACCCCCAAUGGUAAGGGAUGACUGGGGGUUUGAACUAAUGACCCUUGAAGGCCAUGAGCUCCUCGUCUCUGCUGUUGCAAUAUCCCCAGAUAGCAAAACGAUUGUCUCAGGUUCAUAUGAUAAGACGACCCGGCUUUGGGAAGCUGCCACGGGCGUUGAGAUUGCUAAGAUUUCGUCGAGUUCCGCUGCCCAUGCUGUUGCAUUCUCACCAGACGGACAAACCAUUGCCAUUGGGUCAAGCAUAGUUCAAAUAUACGAUGUCGAGACAGGCGAUAUAUCGGACUUAUUAGGACACGCGAAUCUUGUUUCAGAUGUGUGUUUUUCCCCAGGUCUUGGUAAUAAAAUAUUAGCUUCAACAGCAAUGGAUAAAACGGUUCGAUUAUGGGAUACCUCAACGAAGCAGCUAAUCAGCAUACAUGAAAAUCUAUACGAGAGAGGGAGACUCGCAUUUGCACCCGACGGUAGACUGGCGAUCGCGAGCUCUGAAUGGGAUUCUGGACCUAAAAAAGGGUCAGUCCAGAUAUUGGAUAAAGAGACGGGGAAAUUAAUUGCAUCUGCAUCGAUCGGCGGGGUCCGACUAUGGGACGCUGCAGCCCGUGAUAAGGUCGAUAUUAGCCGAAGGGCCGAAACUCUGGAAAUUUAUUCCAUUGAAAACACCGCGUUGAUUGUGUCCAAGGAUACAAUUACGUUUUUGGACUUGAAUGGGGUUAAUCCCAAACGGGAUAUUCCUAAUACUAUUCCUAUUGCUAUCCCUAGUACUAUACGUUAUUGCCCUGUAGUAUUCACGCAAAAUGGGAAGAUUGUUUUGCUUCGAUCCGACAAAUGUCUCCAGACAUGGGAUACAACCACGUGUGAACGGCUUAAAGAGCUUGAAAUUCCUAGUGGCGAUGUUUCCCAAUAUACAUCACCAAACAACGACGUUUUGGCAUUAGCCUAG